GAUUGGUAACCCGUGCCGUUGGUGUGUCAGGUGUGAUAGUGAAGAGCAUCGUCCAGAAGGAUCCUCGGGCCUUCAUGCUGCAGCUCUCCAAAUGGCUCCUCGUUGCGGUCCCCGCAACCUUCAUCAACAGCACCAUCCGCUUCCUGGAGGGCCAGCUCGCCCUCAGCUUCAGGAGCCGACUGGUCGACCACGCCUACCAGCUGUACUUCACCAACCAGACGUACUACCGUGUCAGUAACAUGGACGGCCGUCUGUCCAAUCCGGAUCAGUCCCUCACCGAGGACAUCGUCAUGUUCUCGGCCUCGGUCGCCCAUCUGUACUCCAACCUGACCAAGCCCAUCCUGGACGUGGUGGUGACCUGCUACACCCUGCUGCGCACCGCCGAGUCCAAAGGAGCCAACACCACGUGGCCGUCCGUCAUCGCCGGCCUGGUGGUGGCGCUCACCGCCAAAGUCCUGCGCUCCUGCUCGCCUCGAUUCGGGAAGCUGGUAGCGGAGGAGGCGAAGAGGAAAGGAGACCUGAGGUACAUGCACUCCCGCAUCAUCGCCAACUCCGAGGAGAUCGCCUUCUACGGUGGACACAAGGUGGAGAUGGCCCUGUCUCUGGCUUUAAUGUUGAGUUUGGAGGAGUCCGGUAGGUAA